AUGCCUGAAUAUUCGAACGGUUUGACAGGGUUUUGUGACAACUACUAUGGAGGGAUUCAGUCACCAUCUACAACGUAUUCCGAAUCAGGCCUUUUUAUGUAUCCAGGUCAUUAUUCUGUAGCAAAACCAAGAAUGGAUGGAAAGUCCAACAACCAAGCUCACCUUUCACGUACGGGGUUUAACAACGUUCAAGAAUACGGGUCCAUUGAUGUUCCCGUUUGUGUUAAAUCAUCACCUACAUCCACAAGACCCGCUGAUGUCUGUCGUCCAGAGAACUUACAAAAUUCUAGUCCGCUGAUGAGUUUGAAAUGGUAUAAUUCCAAACUUCCGAUAUAUCUUUGUUUGGUACAUCGAGAACUGUGGCUCAAGUUUCACCAGCACACAACGGAGAUGAUCAUUACGAAACACGGAAGGAGGAUGUUCCCUGUAAUAAGUGUACGCUUCACGGGAUUGGAUCCCAAGAAAUAUUAUACCGUUUACUUGGACUUCUUUUUGGCGGAUUGCUACAUCUGGAAAUUCAACAAAACCCACUGGAUACCCGUAGGCCCUACCGAGCCACAGUCACGACAAAUGAAGUACGAACAUUCAGAAUCACCGGCCACAGGUCAUUUCUGGAUGUCCAGUGACGUUGUUUUUACUAAGCUCAAGCUGACCAAUAAGAAAGAUUCGCCUGAAGGGAACGUUAUACUGACAUCACACCAUCGCUACCAGCCAAGAGUUAACAUUGUAGAAAGUACACCAGAUGGCACCACAAUACCAUCAACACUGAUGAGUCACUACUUUCCAGAAACACAGUUUAUUGCAGUAACAGCCUAUCAGAAUACUGAUAUAACGCAGCUGAAGAUUGACCACAAUCCAUUUGCCAAAGGAUUUCGUGACUGUUUUAAUAAAUAUAUGACAAAUCCCUCGUCUCCACAAAGAAUCUCGUCAUCAGAUAAAGAAAAGAAACGUACAAUGGUCAAGGAUUUGCCAUUUAAAGAGGAUGUGCAUAUUCCCGAGACAUCUGCUUUUCCAUCAACGCAUGAUGCGACUUCACCUGAAAGUGGCCUUUUGAACAUGCCUGCAGAAAGCUUGAGUGAGCAAGAAACAAGUCCAAAGUUGGCUUCUGGUGCUUCUUCUGGAAGCUGCAACACGCUAGAUUUUACUGGAGUUUGUGAAGACUCUUGUCUACUUUGUAACAAAGUACUGACAAAUUACUCUGUUCCUUCUGAUGACACUUUGGAAAACCAUACCAAAAGAACACUCUAUAGAAAUGUUGCAAGUCCUUCGGACGAAGAACAUGCUCUACAAGCAUCAAAACGUGCCAGGAUAGAAAACAACAACAGUAUUCCGAGUAAAUGUGACAACUGUUGUCAUCAUUCAGGCUCUCAGUGUCUACCACAACAUCGACUGAUAACUUCAAUAUCAUCAACUCCAUCAAUUUUGAAUAACUCAUCACUACAAAAAAGGUUAUUCCUCACAAGCAUCCACAAAAACGUUGCCCAGUACUAGAUCUUCACUGUACAGAUGUAGUGUAAACUUUUAAUAGUAAAACGUUGUCCAGUAUAGAUGUAAACUUUUAAUAUCAAAACGUUGUCGAGAACUAGAUGAUCACUGUACAGAUGUAAACUUUUAAUAUUAAAACGUUGUCGAGAACUAAAUCUUCACUGUACAGAUGUAAACUUUUAAUAUUAAAACGUUGUCCAGUAUUAGAUAUUCACUGUUCAAAUGUAAACUUGUAUUAUUAAAACGUUGUCCAGUACUAUAUCUUCACUGUACGGAUGUAGUGUAAACUUGUAAUAUUAAAACGUUGUCCAGAACUGGAUCUUCACUGUUCAGAUGUAAACUUUUAAUAUUAAAACGUUGUCCAGUCCUACAUCAUUGUACAGACGUAAACUUGUAAUAUUAAAACGUUGUCCAGUACUAGAUCUUCACUGUUCAGAUGUAAACUUGUAAUAUUUAAACGUU